AUGAAAAAUAAUCAAUCAAUAGCAAGUUCUGAUCGUAUUGUUCUAUCUAUAAAAGGAAAUAAAGUUCAUUCUUUAACAAUAAAACAAGUUGUACCAUCAGAUGCUGGUUAUUAUACUGUCAAAGUAAUCUUAGAUAAUGGAACAAGUGUAUCCAAUGCUCAAGCUAUUGUUGAAAUUGUAUCAACAUUUGUUAAACUUCUUCAAAUAAUAACUAUUGUUGAUGGACAAGAUUAUGAAAUUGAUAUUGAAGUAUAUGGUUUACCACCACCGAAUAUUAAAUGGUUAUAUUUAAUAAUAUCAAAUGGUAAUCAUCAUCAAUUACAUAUUUAUCAUGUAACAGCACAAGAUGCUGAUGAAUAUCAAGUUGUUUGUUUAAAUAAUCUUGGUCAUUUACUUGUAUCAAUCAAACGUACAGCUCGAUUAGAUACACAAAUACAUGCAUUUUCUAAACCAAAAAUUAUUUGGUCAAAAGAUGCAAUACCAAUUGAUUUUAGUUUAUAUUCUAGAAGAAUAAAUGCUGAACAACGUCAAGGAACUUAUGCAUUAACGAUCAAAAAUUUACAAUUAGAUGAUAAAGGAUUUUAUGUAUAUGCAGAAACGUAUCAAAAAUUUCAUGAUAAAUUACUUAAAGAAUCCGAUAUUUGUAUUGAAUCAUCGAACCAAAUAGAACAACAACAACAAGAAUGA